AUGUCAACCACAACAAUAAAACCUGUUAUUUAUUAUAACAGUCGAUUUCAUUUUGUCGAAGAGGAUUGUGCUUCUAAGUUUCAUUUUGAUACAGAAUAUGCUAUAUUUCAAAUUUAUAAUUUAAAAGUUGGUAAACAAGAAUUUGCUGAAGGGCUUUCCGAAGUGACAGGGCUAGCAGGAUCCGUCACGUUUUUAAAUGAAUUUGAAAGAAUGUACACGAGGCAUUCUGAAAAUAGAAUAGAAAUUGGAGCCAGUGCAUCACAUGAAACCAAUAAUUCUGAUAGGUUAAAGAUAAAAAUAAAAUUUAGUAACAAAUCACAUGAAAAUUUAAUUGAAGAGCUUCUCACAUCAUCAAAAAUAGCAUUAAUGACAUCUAAUGGAUUUUCAGAUUGGGUACCAUUAGAUAGUACAAGUUAUGAAUGUAUACUUCAAUCAUCAACAGCAAGACAUGAUAAUAAUGGUGGUAAGGAUGAAACGAGACAAUCAUUACUGAGAGCUCUUAGCGAUACAAUAGAUCCUGUUUUAUUAGAUGUAGUGAUUGAUGAUUUAUUGGAUGACUUCGAAUCAAGUGCAUUUGAAAAAUUAUUUCCCGGUCCAAUUAUAACAAUUUUCAGAGGUCAAAAUAGAGUUUCCAUGACUGUGAUAGAAAAAUUGAAAAAACUUAUGAAAAGAUUAUUAAAUUUGAUUAGAGACUUGGUGCACCUUAAUGCUACAUAUGAAGAAUUUUAUUCACCUGGUGUAUUUCCAUUAUUUACAGGAUCAAUUAAAUAUUUGAAGGUUAAAUAUAUUGAAAAUAGGCUUCAAGAGUUAUCAAUGAUGGUUCGUGAAAUAGACCAAACACUUGAAAUGGCUUCUAUAAAUAUUCAAGCAUAUAUAAACAAUCUUAUGGCAAUUGCUUUACCAUCAAUAUAUUAUUAUAAUAAUACAUUUGGUGAAGCAAUAACAAUAUUUGGGUGUAUGAUUGGCUGUAUAAUUUUUUUGAUAAAUGCAUUUUGGAGUGGAUGGCUACGUAAUAAUUAUAGUAAGGCAAUAUCAUUACAUAAAAAGGCCAUACCAAUUCAUUCCGAAACAGCAAAUAGUGUAGAGGCAUUACAAAGAUGGCCUAAUGUUCAUUUUGAGUUUGAGGAUAAUAUUGCAAGUAUGAACGAUGUGUUGAAGGUAAAACACACGCUGAAACUUUUAGAUGAGACGCCUGGCUUUCAAUUAGAUAAAGAUUAUAUGUGA